CUUGAUACAAGCAGAUUUGCCAGCCUCCUCAAUCAAGAGAAGCAUCACUUCAGAAACAGGGAAACAAGACACUUUCAAAGAACACCAAACGGUAUGAGAAUAAAUCCUGUGUGCUCAUAUUUGCACCCAUCUCCAAUCUCCUGUAAGAUUCUAAAGGACAAAUUGAUAAAGCAUAACCUUUCAAGAAAGCUAAACACCCCAUGCUAUUGAACACAAAGACUUCUGAUGGCUUAAUUCCAUUCAUCGCUUUAAAUCACCCUCAGGAGCCUGGAUCCUGACUUCUAGUGGUGAUAGUGUGUAAAAAUUGAUCGAUAACCACUUUCUACAUGCAUUGAGUUGACUAGAACUUCAAAAAUCAAGAAAAACUUACAAGAAAAAAAAAACUAGUGAAGAGAAUUUAACAUUGGAAACUUACACAGCAAGGCUUCCUUACCCUGUUUACGGCCUAAGAAGUAAUGUAAUUGCCACCAUAAAAAAAUGACGAUGAACAGCACGUGUGUUGAAGAACAGCAUGACCUGGACCACUAUCUGUUCCCAGUGGUCUACAUAUUUGUGUUUGUAGUCAGCGUUCCAGCCAACCUUGGAUCCUUAUGUGUGUCCUUUCUGCAAGCAAAGAAGGAAAAUGAACUAGGAAUUUACCUCUUCAGUUUGUCACUGUCGGAUCUGCUGUAUGCAUUGACUCUACCUCUGUGGAUCAAUUACACUUGGAAUAAAGACAACUGGACUUUCUCCCCCGCCUUGUGCAAAGGAAGUGUUUUCUUCACGUACAUGAACUUCUACAGCAGCACAGCAUUUCUCACCUGCAUCGCCCUGGACCGCUAUUUAGCAGUUGUCUACCCUCUAAAGUUUUCUUUCCUAAGAACGAGAAGAUUUGCAUUCACCACUAGCCUCGCUAUCUGGAUAUUGGAAUCCAUCUUCAACUCUAUCCUUCUGUGGAAAGAUGAAACAAGUGUUGAGUACUGUGAUGCAGAGAAGUCUAACUUCACUCUCUGCUAUGACAAAUACCCUCUGGAGAUCUGGCAGAUCAACCUCAACCUGUUUAGGACAUGCAUGGGCUACGCAAUACCCUUGAUCACCAUCAUGAUAUGUAACCAUAAAGUCUACCAAGCUGUGCAACACAACCAGGCCACGGAAGACGGCGAAAAGAGAAGAAUCAUAAAGUUGCUUGCUGGCAUCACGUUGACGUUCGUGCUGUGUUUCACCCCCUUCCACGUGAUGGUGCUCAUCCGCUGCAUCUUAGAGCGGAACAUGACCUUCAGCGACAAGUCUGGAAAGCAGACCUUUACAGUGUAUAGAAUCACGGUAGCGCUGACGAGUCUGAACUGUGUCGCUGAUCCAAUUCUGUACUGUUUCGUGACUGAAACGGGGAGGGCUGAUAUGUGGAACAUAUUAAAAUUGUGUGGUAGGAAACCCCAUAGAUCACAAGGACAAAAAAGAGACAUACUUUCUGUGUCCACGAGAGAUACUGUAGAAUUAGACAUUAUAGAAUAAAGGGCAUAAGGGGCGGAGGCAGGUUAAGUUACAUGGUAUUAUAUAAUAAAAAUUAUAUUUUGGAAAGAAAAUCUGGAAGACCAGGUGUUCUGAGUGAAUAGUCUACC